UGCGGCAUGAACAAAGCGUGAUUUCCGAAUGCGACAGGCGGACGUGGAUCGGGUGGAAACGCAGAAAAUGCGACCGUAAUAUUUUCUGUGAUGUGGUGAACAUGUGCUUUUCUUACCGGCAACUUCGUCUGCCGGUAACCAUUCCUCCUCUUCUUGAAUGUGUGCAAUUCGUUUUCGGUAGUUCCCGCUAUGAUUUCGGUCCCGAGCGGAAAAUGUGAAGUGUUAUACCUAAAAGUGUUAAUUUUGUUUGUUUUAUUUAUCUAAAUAUUUGUUUAUACAUAUUCAUUUUUAUCAAGUGAAAGCUCUCCCGAUCCCUACGUAUAAUCCCUCUUGAGUUGUUCCGUAUAGAAGCUGUAAAUUACGUUUCACAAUGCCUUUCGUUCAACGGGUUGUGGCGCCGAAAUACCUGAGUCGGGCUGUUCUCCAUACCGAUGAUGGUAAACCUACCAUCAACGACGGUGAAUUGGAUGCGGUAACGAAUUAUACGUUGAGUAACGCGUUGAAGCAACUGGCUUCUGUUAUGUUAAUAGCGAAUGAAAUUUUCGAGGAGCUCAACAAGCAACUAAAGGAUAUUACGGAUAGGACCUCCAAACUCAAGAGCAAGAUUUCAGCAGUCGAGGAAAAAGUUGCAGCCUACGACCCGAAGCAGAUCACAGUCCCUGAAAGUAAUUUGACAUCGUUCAGCGAGCUGAAGACGCACUUCACGCGGGAACACCACACGGACAGCGGGUUCUUCACGCAAGACAGUAGACCAGUGUUCAUUCAAAGGCUCUACGAAGCCGCCGCCAAAACCCCCAUCACCGUCCUCGAGCGGCUCAAGAAAAAUGGCUACCCCUCGGCGAGCUACUUCUCUUGCACGCCCGUCCUCAGCACCAAAAGAAGGCGCUACACCGUCGACAUCGACAUCGAUAUCGAGACGCGAACGCCGGCCGCCCUCUCCGGACUCCGGGCGUGGACCUCCUCGGAGGCUCUCGGGGACAUGACCGUGGACCCCGACUGCACCAACAAGAUCUCCACCGAGGACACCGUUGACACCAUCGAGCACCGGCUCCCCUCCCCCGAGGAGCAAACCCAAGUCGUAGCCCAAAAAUUCCCCGCGGAGGUUGUUCCUGUAGAUGUUAGCGGUCGAACGUUCCAACGGAUGACGGUUCAGCGACGAUCCCUUCUUUUAGUCGACGGCGAAUCUGGCUCCAGGAGACGGAGGAGUCGCAAGGUCCGCGGUAAAAGACGCAACACGAUCGCGUGCACAGACCAAAAGGAACUCGAAGCAAUUGUCUACGAUUCGUCAGACGUGAAUUUUGGCAAAUCGGAGGACAUUGAAUCAUCGAGUGAUAGAACAAUCAGCGAAAAGAAAUCUCAUUUGGAUUCGUUGAAAGAAUGGGGUCGAGCUCGACUUCGGCUAAUCAGAAGUGUGGAGCCGGCCGUAGUUAAAUUACGUGAAAGAGCUGGAUCAAUUGGUAGACGGAAAUGGGACAAGGAAGAAACUCCGUAUUCAUCCUCCGGCAACUGGUCUGCUAGUUCUGAAAGUGGUCAUUCAACGUCAACCAGUCACAUUCCUAGGUCUAGCAUAAGUAGCGGCAGCAUGUGUCCGAAACACGGAAGACGACCAACUAUGGUUUCAACUUCAUCCUCAGUAACGAGCGAGAGCACAGUCACUGCUGAUGACGGUGAAACAUGUUCUAUGUACUCCUGUGAUACAGAAGGCUACUACACAUCUUUUCACCUGGACAGCGGUCUGAAAACUCUACGAGAGGAAGAGCCUGUUUCAGCCAUGCACUCGUCAUCUGCACUGUCAGGUAGCCGGUGUAAUGAUUCACCAAUGACAGGUGACUCAGAAUAUGAAUUAUUUGGCAAAGGCUCUACCUCAACAACAGCGAGCUCCGCUGGAACGGUUUGCACAACACUCCUCAUACCGCCAACUCCGCCCAACGUUCCUGAACGUAAAAAUAGUCAAUUGUCCUCUAUGAAACUUCCUGAAAGAAAUGUGCAAUCUUUAAAUAAUUUAACCAUGACCGGUAAAAGUUCCGAUAAAUCAGAACGAGAAACUCAAAGUUUGAAAAUGGAUAGAAAAAUUUCAGAGCUUAGCCAGUUUAUCGGUAACGAUAGCGAUAAGCCCUCUCAGUUAACAAAAGCAAAUGUCUCAAAGCUGAAAGACAUCGAUAGGGAUUAUCUCAAAGAGAAAGGAAUAAUCACUGUCGAUGUCCAUCAUCACAAUGAACAUUUAGUGUCGGAAAUCGAAGGCUCACCUGAGAAAUGUGGUGAUUCUCCGGAUAGCGGCCACAACACAUGUAGUUCUCCUGUUGAUUCGAUCACAUCACCGUCUGUUGACAUGGAAAUGUCUGAGUGCUCUGAUUUAGAGGGGCUUGACAGAAUUGAUAGAAUCAAUCGCAAAACUGUCAUCAAUUCCAGUCGCAUCCCAUCAAUGUGUGUUAUUACUCCGCCACAAAGUGACGAUGAAGUUAGUUUGAAACAAGGGCUGAAACCCGCUGUAGAUGCAGGAGACUAUGUUACCAUAGCUGAAGUUAAACAACCAGCAAGUUUCCCACCUGUACUCAUAAAAGAAACAGAAUAUGUUUCUUUGAAUGAACUUAACACGGAUGCCGUAGACUCUGCAGCCGAGAAGAAACGAAGAGGCGCAAGAGUCACUCUCGACUCGGAGGGUAAAGUUGUGUACUCAUCAGAGAGCUUACGAAGGCGCAAACAAAUUCACACAACGAAUACUUUUGAACCCGGUCCAAAUGUUCUCCCAAAUAAUAGUCCUCUUCCGCAUCACCGUGCUGUCAUCGCAAAUGUGAAGCCGCUCUGUCCGAAAGGCUCUCCUUUGCCGUUGAGAAUCAAACAGGCUUUAGUCGGUUCAAAUAAAGUAGAACCAAGUAACAAUCUUGAUAGAAGUUUAAAAGCAAGUGACAAUUCUUUCAAGAGCUCUGUCGACUGUCGUAAGUUGAACGGGGCAUCACCAUCAAAUGGAAACAUAGCUGCGCCAAAAAUUGUUAGUACAUUCUCUAAUGGUGGAAGUGUAACCAGACCACAUGGAGUCAAAUCAAACACUCCGCUGAUCCUUACUUGUUCCACGACUACUAAUCGAGGUAUGAAUGUUUUGCCUGGGAAAAAGAUUGUAACCCAAGCGAAUGGUAAAAAAAUAGUCUCUCCAAAUUCUCCAAACCAAAGGCCUUUAUCUCCUCUCGUAUCCUCAGACCCAUCAGUGCAGAAAAAUGUCGUCAUUACUUCUACUGCUAGUCCACAUCAACAGUCUUUGAACAGACGAGACUCUACGAAUAGUUCCAGAUCUAAUUCCCCGUGUGUGAUUUCCAACUCUCCAUCAUCGCCCAAGCCUGUUAGCAAGACUCCUCCGUCAGAUCAGUCUAUUAGUCCGAUUAACUUCAAAGGCGCAUACGUCCGAAUGCAGGAGCCAUCUGACUGCUUAGAAACUUGUCUGGACGAUCCUAAAGCAGCCGUCAAAAGGAGUGACAGCUAUAGACUAGCUAACGACAAAAACGCGAAUGAAGAGCUUACCGUUUUUAACCCAGCCUCUCUCGGGAGAAGACCUAGGGGAAUCACUGCCACAGCCGGUCCCAACCUUUUGGUCUCCAUCAGAGCAUCUCACAGUAAUCAAAAAGAUUGUGAGCGUCCAUCAAACGUCAGUUCAUCCUCAGUUGAAAACUGUCAAAUUACAGAAACUGGAACAUGGCCAAGAAGAUCAAAGAUUCAAUCAACCUCUACACCUACAAAGGAGAACUACAAUCAGUUGGAAUUCAGCUCAAACAUUUCCCCCAUCCAAUCACCGCAGAAUCAAAGACCAGCUCCAGGCAAUCAAAUGCCAAAGUCUUACUCGACUGAUUUUCAGCAAUCAUUAAAUGCUCGUGAUAGGUUUUAUAAUAAUUAUUUAGGUUCCCUAGCUGAGAUGUACAAUAGUGUCAAUUAUAAUCAUAUAAAACACAAAAUGAACGCUGAACUCAUGAGAGCAAAUGGGGGGCAAGCUGUGCCGGCUGCCUCUCGGCCAGGCCCCAACAGACAGACAGUAAACCCUUCACCUAGCCUAAGUAAAAAUUUAGCUCAACCUCCAUUUCAGAGUAGAGUCAAUCAAACUGGGCAGCCCUCAUUGUCUAGUAACGCAACUAAACGCUUUCCUCUCGCAACUGCAAAUCAAGUUGAUCGAACAAACCAUCUCAGUCGCUCAGAAUCUCCCAUGCUAAUCCGCAGUCGGACUGCAUCCCCUCUCAAUGCUCCCCAAAAUCAGAUCACUUCCGCAGGAAACUUUCCUCAAAAUCGGCCUGCUUCUCCCAUGAGUCGACAGCAAAACCGACCAGCCUCACCAAUGAAUAUGUAUGCCUCCAGAGGGAAACAGAUUCCUUUGAAUGGAGCCGUUGUUCCUGUAGGGGUGCAGCAAAGAAGGUUAGCAUCUCCUGUCAGCUUCCAACCUAUUCGUGCAGUCAGUCCGAUCCAGCAAAAUGCCAGGUUGCCAGACCAGAGGAGGGCUCUUUCACCGAGUAGCCUCUAUGAAACUAGAUCUCAAUCUCCUACUACCUAUCCUACUCACAGUAUGAAUAAUCAACCAGCUAGAGCUCUUUCUCCAUCAAGCCAAUAUCCGAAUCACAGUAUAACACCAAACCAAAAUACAUUCGCUCCUCCUUUUAUUCGCACUGAACGAGACGGCAUUAGUACAAAAAUAAAUAACUUUAGGCAGAAUGUUUUGUCAGAUGGUCGGAAACCUAGUUACCCCCCAGAAACUUUUUCUAGUGUUCGGAGCAAGAAUAACAUCUUAACUGAAAAAAUGAACGCCAUGGAGGCCAAUUCUCGCAAAGAUGAUGCUUAUAAAAAAACUGAAUUGGUGCCACGACCACGUUCAGUCACACCGACACGAACGGGCAUGGAUUUGUAUGCGGUUAUUCAUGAAUCUAAAAAACGAAUUAAAGCUUUGCAGAAUGGAACUUCAUUUGAAGAACCUUGCCCAUCAAACCAUAGUUCACAAAAUAAUCUCACAAAAAGUUCCUCCUUCAAUUCUAGUCUGAGUAAAUCUGGUGAAGAUUACUCCAAGGAACAAGUAAAAACUGCACCUAAAAUUAUGUCAACUACUAGGAGUCAUUCGGUCAACGAUUUUAAACCAGUAAUUGAAAAAUUCAGGCCAAGCUCUCAAACGUCCAGGUAUGAUUUUAAAAAAUUGCUACUCAAAACAGGAUGGGGCUCUUCGAAUCGGCUUUCGGAAAAAGUCUCGGCAGUUGAAAGAUUGAAAAAUAAAACUUCGCCUGAAAAACAGGCCAAAGAAAGUAAAUUUUCAGUUGUCGACAGGCUUAGAGAAAGGACUCCAACUCCACGGAAGAAACAGCCGUGGAAGUCUAAUGUUCUCUCUUCCACAAUACCUGAAGAUUGUGCAGAAGAUGAAGAACCGAGUAAAAAAUUAAAUGGUAGCGAAGCGAAGGAAAGCAUGGAUCAAACUUCAGAGAAAAGACUCAGUCUGUAUCUAGAAAAAGAAUUAUCAAUUCCUAAAUCAAGUGCCUUAGUCAAUCAACAACUCAAAGCUUUUAGUCAAAAUAGCUCACCAAACAUGUCACCCAAUGAGUCCCCAUCAAGGAGGUCCCCAUCUGAUAAAUCAUUAAACAGAUCUCUGAGUCGAUCACCCUUGAAUAGGACUGUUUCUCUCGAAACCUCUUUAUGAAUAAUAUUUUCCCUACAAACGUCUCUCAUUCCAAAACUUGUUCAUUUUAUAUGUUAUUAUCGUAUUGAAUCCUCCAUCAAAUUUCUCAUUUUUUCUUUAGUCUCAUAAUAAUAGGAGUUGCGAAAAAUUUCCACUUUUUUAAAAAGAAAAAUGUAGUCCUGUUGUUUUAUAUUUUCUUGAGACUAAUGAGUAUUAAAUCAAAAAUUGAAAGAGAUCUAAUUUACGUGCAGGUUUUACAUUGUAAUGGAGCAAUGAAUCAUUGAAAUUAAAACAUGUUGGUUGCUUGUGUAGAAGAAAUAAAAAGAAAAAAAAAUAAACUAGAAUCCUGUUGGAGCAAGAAGCGAGUUUUUAUUCUUAGAUAAAAUAAUCUCUUAAACCCAGAAAAAAUUGAAUUCUAUUUUUGUCUUCUAAAUUUUCCCUUUGAAAGUCAGCACUUGGUUAAGAAACAAUUUUUUGUAUUAUAGGCGAAUUUUAUUUCCUCCAAUGUAAAUAAUUGUACAGAUUUCCUUGUUUUAAAUAUUCUCCCUUUCUUGAAUUGUAUUUUUGUAGAUAUUUUGCUUAUGACAUGUGUCCUGUAAUUCUGAAGGUAGUGAUCUGAAUAUCAAGAGAAGUCAUUGGCUUACACUAAAUGAUUUUUUGCCUCCAUGGCUUAAUUAUUUGACUUUUUAAAUAUAGUACAUAUUAAUUUUAAGAAAAACAAGCAUUCAUCAGCUAUGACAAGUAAUGACACAUGUUUGCUGCCAUCUUAUGUAUACCUAAUUUAGGUAAUCAGAUCAUAAUGUUAAAUUUUGUUCCUAUAACUUGAUGAUUUUUCUUUUUAAAAAAAGAACAAUUUAAGCUUGAUUUAUCAUUGUUCAUUUUACAUUUCUACCUGAAAAGGCAUAUUAGCCUCAUCCAACAGCAAGAUUUUUAUCACAGGCUUUCCACAGCUGCGGAAAAGCAAGACAGCCUGUGAAUUUCUGUCAAGUAUUUGUAGGACACCUAUGAGAAUAACUACUUCUGCUUUAAAAAUCAUCUUUUUUUGCAAAAAAUUUUCAUGCCUUUUACCAUCAUACUUUUCCUCUGUCAGUUAAGUUCACUUGAAUAAGUGUCUUAUGCCACUCUCUGGAGGAUGUGCAAGCAGUAGGACAGGAGAGGGCCACAGCUACAAUUUGAUGUUAGAUAUUUUUAGUUUGAGUAUUUUUUAAAAAAAUCCAAAAUUCUAUGUUUUCUGAUUGUAUUUUCAAAACGCUCUUUUCACAUCCUCCACAAAACCAAGGCAUGAAACUUAGCGGCUUUUCUGUGUUUUUUUAUUUUCAAAAGUGAAUUCAGAUCAAUGAUUUUUUUUUCAUUUAUCCAUGUAUUUUCUUUUACUUUAUUUGUAUACAUGCAUACACAUCUAGUCCUUCUUUGAGCCAGUUGCCUAUGUCACAUUAAUGAAACUGACAUGCAAAAUCCUGACAAGAUAUCAUCGCAAUCAAAUACAUUAGUUUAUGACAGUUUAUUACAAAGAAAUUUGAGUAAUUGAAAUUGUGAUUUAAACAAGUCAACGUCUAUUUAAUUUAAAACGAUAUUAUUCAAUAGGUUGGACUUGCAAGUAAAUUUUUGUUUAAAACAAAUUGAAUGAAAGAAUCUAUGAACCCUCAUUUUUAUUCCUGAUGACACAGUGAUGAGUCUCUAUUUAUUUUUGCUGAUUUUUUUCUUCGAUAGGUUUUGCUGUCAAAGUUUCAUCUUCGUCACAUUCGUAGCCAUCCUCUUUGCCCUCCAAA